AUGGCCAUCGCUUCUUCUCGCCGAUGGAAUGUCUACCAUGGACUCGGACUCCUCGCAGUAGCAUCCACCUCUCUCGUGCUGUGGGUGUUGGUUAAGAGGAGGCGAAAGGCUGCAGAGGACGAAGGGCGCUGGCAGGUGGUGGGCAGCAGGUCCGAGAUGGUCGAAGGACCGUGUGGUUGGGAGCUACUCACCUUUGAGCUCAACGAGGGUCGCACAGCCUGUGUCUUGCACCGGGACGGGAAGUGGCUCUCUUUCGACCGCAGCUGCCCUCACGCUGGCAUCGAUCUCCUCGGUGGAGAUGUGGAGGAUCUAUCCGAGCUCGGAGCAGGGGUGGGGGUGGCGUGCCCAGCUCACAGCUACCUCUUCGAUCCGAUUGUGGGCACUUGCCUUUGGGAUGCUUCACGGGGUCUACCUGAGACGCCGCCGCUACAAACCUACGAGGUCAGAGAGAACCGUGGCAACAUCUUCGUACGGCCUCGGCUGCUGCCUGCGCCUCCCUCAAAAGAUGAGUGGGACCAGGCACGAGCUGAUCAGCUGCAGCUGGCAGCAGUGGACAAAGUGUUGGCCAGGAAGUUCCCUGACUGA